AUGAAGUCCAUUCUCGCAUCACUCAUUUCCUUCUUCCUGGCAGCCACAUUCUCGGACUAUGCCUCGGGCUUCCACGUCAGCGCCGCUGUCAUCCAUACUCCCAACUCAGCCACCACGGUCAACGGAAUGAAAGUAAGAGCUGAGGAUUCGGAUACCGCAGUCGAGAUUUCGCCCUCUAUUCAACCGCCAAACAGCACCAGCCGCGCCGACAGCUAG